CUGUGAACUCGCUAUGGAUCGUGUUGUGUCGCUCGUCGUUUUAACACUGUUACAACUAUGCAGAGCGAACAUCCCAAAAGCCUUACCGGAGUGGUACGCAGCCAACCUCAUCAAUGACCCAAACUACUCUCCAAAACCACUCACUGAAAUCUUCUCAACCGUCGGAGUCUACCCCACGAACACCGACGCAACCACAACCUGGACCACAAGAACCACUCCCACAACCACAGAACCAACAACCAGAAAUGUCCAGACGCAGCCAACUGAAUCCCCCGCAACCAGGCAACCGCCCCCAGCGAUGUCCCAAAUAACCAACGCACCAGAAAACCGAGGCUCUCCUGCUAUAAUCUGGCCGGUCCCACAAACAACCCAGCCACCUCAAACCGUCCCAACCGAUCCACCAAUCCAAUCCACUUCCCCCAUUUGGAACGUCAACCAGCCAAACUGGUUACAAAACCGACCGGAUCUGGGCUCGGGCGUUUGGAACGGGAACAACAAUUGGUCGCAGCAGCCGAUCCAACCUUACGUGCCUCUGGUGAUCAGCCCAAACACUAAUUCACCUACAAACCGGCCGUGUGACAAUCCGACUUCAUCCCAAUCGUCGAUCGUGUCGAAUGUGCCCCAAACUCAAGAGCCUACAACUCAAAACUCCGCGUCUCCGCGACCGAUAAUAACCAUAAGCGUCAGACGCAGGGGCCACAAGACGAAUGUUCUUAUCAAUCCUUCUACCACCUCCUCAACUACAAAGAGUCCAACCACGACUAAAAGGAAACGCAACAACUACGAAGUGUGCAUGGAGUCUUGCAAGAAUAAGAAGGAGCCCAUCUGCUCCAGUCCGAAAGGAGCCACCCCGAUCAAUCCGGACAACUUGAAAGGGUUCGCGUCAAUGUGUCAUAUGGCGUGCCAGAAUAAUUUUAGAAACCAACAAUACGAGAAAGUAGCCGACGGUCGCUGCGGCAAACUCCGCACUAGAAUCCGACCAGUGGGCCAGGACAAACUCAACAGGAACGAACUAAAUAAGGCCCAGUACACAGUAGUGCAUAACGGGGACGAAACCGUCAUUGAAUUCUCGCAGCUAGAACGCUCGAAAUAGGGCACAGUUUCCCGUGAACUAACCUAGUCGUUUUAGUUUACUAACUGUAGAACCACAGCAAAUAUGCAGUAGGCUAUCUUAAUGCUAAAAAGCGACGUGAUUUCUAAGCAGAACAAUAAUACUACAUAACAUCUUGCGUAUAAAACUUGUGUGAGUUACAGAAAUGUGGUUUCAAGAACAUCUCUUUUUUUAUAUUGUGGUAGAACUAACUAACAAAAAGUACUGGUUCUAGAGAAAUAAGCUUAUUAUAUUUACCGUCAUAAUCUUCGUUAAAAAUUUCCUGACUUGAUAUACCUCGGCCUCUUAGAAAACUGACGCGCGAAGGUAUAAGAUUAUUGACUGGAAACGCAAUUGUAACUGUGUUCAUGCAUGUAGGAAUUGCCUUCCAUCAGGCUAUUUGUCUGCUCAUUUGUCAGCUUUUCCCUAAAAAUAGUAAAUGUGUAUAUUAUUUAAGUCUUAAUAGAUUAAUUAUUAUAUCAAAUGAGACCUAGAUAUUUUUAGAGACUGUUAUAUUAUUUUAUGCUAUUAUGCUAAAAGUAUUAAUAUAGUAGUAAGAAAGUUUUAACCGGCCAU